AUGCACCUGGUCUGGCAGUUGGGCGGCGAGUGCGAGUCCGUCGGCCAUCGCGACGGCUGGAAGAAGGCGGGACACCGACAAGGACGUCGGCAGACACCCGCGAACGCUUGCGACAUUGUCACUGCCAACGUCACCUCCCAUGGGCCGCUCGGGCAGUACCUGGGCGCCCUGACCGAGCACAACUCACAGGCAGCGGUGGUCUUUGUGCAGGAGCAUCGGGCGCUGAACUACAAGCUGGGGGAGGUGCUGGCGGCGGCGCGCGACGAAGGCUGGGCGGGAGCCUGGGCCCCUGCUGCAGCAACGACUCGUGGCUCCAGCGGGGGCGUCGCGGUCCUGGCACGUACUGAUGUCGUCGUGAGCCACGGGCCCGGCACCCACGAUGUGUACAUCGUGCCAGCUCGGAUCGUGGCGGCCCACGUGCAUUGGGGGAUACGUGGUGGUUGGGUUUGCCUGCCUGCCUACUUCAUCGUGGGAGACAGUGGUUGGGUAGAGAGCUUCGCGUUGCUGUGGAAGGUGGUACAGUACUUCAAGAAUGUGGAGCAGCAGGGCCAUGCCUGGAUGCUGGCGGGUGACUUCAAUGCUGAGCUUGAGCAGGUCCUCAACGCGGACAUGCUGCAGAGGUUGGGAGCGCGGCAGCUUGCGUCGGAGAGGCAGACAUGCUUGCAGACGGCGCCUGGCCGCUGCCUUGGCUUCUUCGUGGUGGCGUGGGACCCGGUCAUGUGGGGCAUCGAGGAGGAGGUGCUGGGGCGGCACGGCAUCGCUGGCGAGGCGAAGCGACCGUGCUACUCGCAAGGGAAGGGCGUCGGCUGCAAGUGGCAGAAGGUGGGCUGGCAGCCCCCGCUGAAGCGGAGGCGGACAAGCGAGCGCACCAAUGCUUAUUCUGUGGCCAAGCAGUGGAUGCAGCACAUGCAGUCGAUCCGCGGGGUCCAGGCCAAGUGGAGAGAGCGCACUGGCGGUCCUAUGGCCCCAGACACUGCCGAGAAGGUGCAGCAACCGCUCGACGAGUUGGCCAAGGAGAGCACCAGGUCCCAUGCCAACAUCUCCAAACGGGGCGACGCCGGCAGGUAUCUCGAAGCCGGCGAGUGGUCGUUCUUCCGGGUGGUGAGGAUAGUCUGCCCGCUGGCCCGUGCCCCCGAGACAGACGGAGGGGUCGAGGUCAGUGCCCCCAAGAACACCAUCACCCGGAUCAGAGGCAGAGCACGCAAGCCUGUGUCUGACCAGCGUCUACGCGAGCACGAGGCGGGCGCUAGCCAUGCUUCGGGCAGGCGCAAGGGGCGCAGCUCCGUGGGCCCCGCCUUCGACCACAACCUGGUGGCAGAGGUCGCCGCGGCCUUUGGACAUGGCUCAGUUACGCUGUGCAUCGACAUCCGGAAGUUCUUCGAUGUGGUUUGUCCGUCCAUCCUGAUGUUCGAGGGCGCGCGCGCGGGGUUCCCGCCAUGGUUGCUCCGGGUGAUGCUUUGCGCGUGCCAGCAGCCGAGGAGGGCGCGGGCCUUCGGCAACGCGUCGGACGCCUAUCAGUUUGCCCAGGGAGUCAUCGCUGGAUGCGCGCAUGCCACCACGGCGCUCGUAGUGCUAACCAAGCGUGCGAUGGUUCGAGCCAGCGACCCGACCAGCGGUGCGCGACCGCGCCAGUUAAUGGGCGAGAUCGGAGUCCAGAAGAUCUGCUACGGAGAUUGCGACCUGCGAGCCAUGGCGCGGGUAUCUCAGGCGCUCAUGCAAGACCUGGUGGAUCUCGUACUGCCCGUGCAGACAACGAAGAUGGGUGUCGUUGCCACCGCGGCUAGUCUCAAGCGGCGGUUCACCCCGGUCGCGGCGAAGACCCAGGCCAAGGUUCAGCAGUGGAUGCGGAAUCUCGGCCACGAGCUGCGCGCGAUGCGCCCGCAGCGACAUCAGGAGAGGGCCCGCUUGAAGGUGCUGAAGGGCCCCAAGAGGCGCGUCGCAAGCUUCGCCAAGACCGCAGGGCGCGCGAUCGGCAAGCUUCAGCUCGCGGGCACAGCCCCAUUGGCGCUGCAUUGGGCUGCAGCCGGUGGCUCUGGGAGACUCGUGCUGGACUCUCUGGCCUACAAGCAGCGUGGCAGGUGGCAUCAGCGCCCUGGCCUCGCGCGGCAGGCAGAAGGGGGGCCGGGGGAGCUGCCUGCCGUGCCCGCGCUGAUGCAGGCUACGCGGGAGCGGCUCAGGUGCGGCGAUCCCGCGCGCGACGGGGCCCCCGACGACGCGAUCGAGUUGGAGCCGCGCAUCCCUGGCGAACGUGCUGCGGGUCAAUAUCCACCGAGGAUGACCACGGAGGUGCCCGAAGCGCGGGAGGUCAGCUGGGCGGUGGUGCAGGCCAGUAAUGACGGCUACGCCAUCAGGGCUCGGUAUGGCAUCGUGCCAGGCCCAGUGCGCACCGCGCCGCGUGCGCAACGCUAUGCAGCGCUGCAGGUCGUAGCAGCGCUGCCACAGGGCUCCUGCCGUCUGCUCGAGUUUGCGCGGGUGCCGUCCCACCUGUCGCCUGAGGAGGCGGUGGAGCGCGGGCUGGAAAGCGCGUGCUGGCAUGGCAGUUUCUGGGCCGACCUGUCCGCCGCGCUCGCUAUUGCCGAGCAUCAGCCGCCUGACAGCAAAGGCAGGAACCUGGAGCUACUGUUCGCAUCGACCCUGCAGACGGCGCGAUUUGGCGCGUGGGCAGCCAGCCGCGUGGCUCAGGUCGGGGCGCGGGAUCCGCCGCCCGACGGGCAACGCGGCCCGCGUCGCCAGCGGUCUCCGCCACAGCCCCGCAUCACCCAGCCGGAGCAUGUCCAGAUUGGCGCCCGCGGGGAUGGAAUCAUGUGCCUGCGACGCGGGAAAAGGGCAGGCGCGACACCCACUAUGCGGAGGCUCGGCGCGACGGCUUGCCGCGCCACGCGGUUCGGGUGCCUUCGGGCGGUGGCAGUCGCGGGCGUCGAUGACAUCGCGCAGGCAGGCGCGGCCCCCCAGCCAGCCCGGCUGAACCGCGGCGCCGGCCGAGUGGGGGAGGCGCGGCCAGAGGACCUAAGCGAGAAGGCGCGGCGCCUGCUGCAGGUGGCAGUCCUGCUGCGCGAGCGGUUGGUUGCCAUGAUGGCGGGGCCCGCGCCUCGUGGCGCCGUGGAUGCGCGGGCCGCUGCGAAGUCAGGCUGCCCCGCGAUGAAGGUCGAGGCCGAGGUAUUCGACCCGGGCGGCGGCGUCCAGGGCGGCGCCGAAGACGCGCGGGCCGAGGUGCUUGCACCUUUUGGCGUCGAGAGGUCUCUGGAGGGACCUGCGCCUCGAGGUGCUACGGUUGUUAUGACCGCUGCGAGUGCUGGAUGCGCCACGCUGAAGGACGAUGUCGACAGCUGCCAGAACGUAGACAGCGCCCUGGUCGCCGACCACGCGAUGGCGGGCGAGGAGCUGGACCGCCCCGACAGACCAGUGUGCGGGCGUGUGCGGACCACCAGGCAGUUCUACCUGGACAUGAGUUACGAUAUGCGGGACUGGGCGGCCUUGUGGUUUGAGGGCAACAUGCUCCGCGUGGGUGAUGAAGCCAGCUGGCAGGAGCAGUGCGAGGCAUUUAUUGGUGCCAUGCUGCGAGAAGGGAUCAACGCGCCGCUGCAGGCCAUUCUAUUGAACUGGUUCCCUGGGCGGUCGCUAAAGUCGAUCGUGGCUAAGCUAUUUUCGAGCGCCUGGUGGCAGAGUGCUGGCCGACGGGAUGCUUCUUUCACCGGACUCUAUGAGGCCACGUCAGAGGAGCGGCUGCGACCAGCUGGGCGACACCAGCGGGAAUUUGAUAACGUGAAGGCCAUGUUCAGCCGCGCACUCCAGAGGCGGCAGGAGUGCCAGCGGCUGCUGCGCAAACCAGUGGCGGACCUGGAGGCAGCACCGAGCCGGGUGGCAAUGAAGAGGGGCGACGCCCUGACGUCGAGUGCGCCAGGGCGCCUCGACGCCUGCAGCGCUUCGCCGGGCGCCGCGCGCGGGGGCGACGCCCUGGCGCCGGGUGCGCCGGAGCGCCUCGACGCUUGCAGCGCCACGCCGGGGCGCCCUCGCGGCGGCGAGCCGAGGUUCCGCAGACCGCGGCAGGCCGUCCUGGGCUCGCUGCCGCCGGGGACGCCCGAGGGGCGCACGCCGGAGAAGCGGGUGCCGCCGUCGGAGGACAAGCGCGGCAAGCCGCUGAUGAAGGACUCGAUCGAGUUCGUGAAUGACGUCAGCCCGGACCUGCCGAGCGCGAUGGGCGACUCUCAGAGCGUCUCCACGAUGCUGUAUCAUCUUCUCACCAACGCGUUCAAGUUCACGACACAGGGAAGCGUCAAGAUCUACGCCGAGAAGGUCAAGCAGCCCCCUGGGAUCAGCAUCUCCGUCCAGGACACGGGCUGCGGCAUCGCCGCGCAGCACAUCGACCGCAUGCUGGAGCCCUUCCAGCAGGAGGACCCCUCGGAGGCCCGCAAGCACGACGGCAUCGGCAUCGGCCUCGCCAUCGUGCGCGAGGUCGUGCGCCUGCACAGCGGUGAGCUGGCCAUCAGGAGCCUGCAGGGCGAGGGGUCCACCUUCACCGUCUCUCUGCCCUUCCAGCCGAAGCCGGCCAGCGGCCCACCCGCCACUGGUGCCGCCAUGGCCGCCAAGGCCAAGUCCGCGAAGCAGCACGAGGAUCUAGACUUUGGGGGUGACGGCUUCGUGCGGCAGCAAACGGCCUCGGCGAAGGAAGUGCCGCCCGGGCCGCUGGGGCCGCAAGCUUGUCUGUGA